GAAGAAAGGAGCCCUGCGUUUCCCCCAAGCUGUGCAGCAGAUACUGUGAUGAUGGAUUGCAAGUGCAAAGAGUAAGACGAAACUCCGGCAUACAAAGGACAAUGACAACCAGAAAGCUUCAGCCAGAUCCUGCCCUUUCCUUGAAAGGAACUGGAUCCUAGGAGGUGAAGGCAUUUCCAAUUUUUAGUCCUCUGCCUCCCUCUGCUGUUCCUCUUGAGAAGUUUUUCCUUACAACAAUGAGAAAUCAUGUACUAGCUGCAUCUUUUUCUAUGCUCUCCCUGCUGGCGCUAAUGGGAGAUACAGACAGCAAAACGGACAGCUCAUUCAUGAUGGACUCGGAUCCUCGACGCUGCAUGAGGCACCAUUACGUCGAUUCUAUCAGUCACCCAUUGUACAAGUGUAGCUCAAAGAUGGUGCUCCUGGCCAGGUGCGAGGGGCACUGCAGCCAGGCGUCGCGCUCCGAGCCCUUGGUGUCCUUCAGCACUGUCCUCAAGCAGCCCUUCCGCUCCUCCUGUCACUGCUGCCGGCCCCAGACCUCCAAGCUGAAGGCCUUGCGGCUGCGCUGCUCAGGGGGCAUGCGACUCACGGCCACCUACCGGUACAUCCUCUCCUGUCACUGCGAGGAGUGCAGCUCCUGAAGCCUGCUGUUGAGUGGCUUCUAGAUGGGACAACCUCCCCCCUCACCGAGGCAGUUCAACCAGCCGGGGAAGGACUGACAAGAAAAGAGUUAAGGCAAAAAAAGAUGCAGCAAUUCCCAUGGGAUUCUGCAUAUUCUAGGAAUAAAGACUCUACAUGCUUGUUGACAGAGAGAAAUACUUUGGGAACUUGUUUUCCAUUCCCGUCUCCUCCUUUCCUUGGUACAAUUUCUUUUGGUUCCUUUUCAGAUUCAGGCAUUUUCCCCCUUGGCACUGAAUGCUGUUUGAGUUUCCAACAAUUCGGCAUUAGUGGGAAAAGUGGGCCCCCAGGCAAGAGUGGGUUAGGCUGUCACUGGUGCAGAUUAGGGAAGUAUUCACUUUGGAAAAUAGGAAAGCCCAACUCUUUCUGGGACAUCAUCUGGUUUUUUUUUUUUUAAUCUUGUCAUUUGGUCUAAGGUUGCCAUUGCUGCUAAAGGCUACCAAUUUCAAAUUCCAGGCACCAAGCAUGUGGAUAUGUUUAGCCAGGUUCGCUCACAGCCAGCUAACUGACAUGAAAAUAACUAACAAAUGGAUUCUCUUAUGUGAUGCUGGAACUCCUGAUAGCUGUAAUUACUAUUCAGAAAUGUCUUUUGAGAAGUAAA